AUGGUUCAGAUCUAUGAAGAGGGCUUGCGGAUUAAGAACAAGCUCGGGUUCAUUGAUGGUACCAUCUGUGAACCUUCUGACCUCAAUGAUCCUCUAAUGGAACAUUGGCUGAGGUGCAAUGACAUCGUGAUAACAUGGAUGCAGAACACAAUGACAGUCGAUAUCAAGUCUAGAACUACAUAUGUAGAGACUGCACAUCAACUUUGGUUGGAGUUGGAACAACGUUUUGCUCAAAAAAAUGCUUCGAGAAUUUUCGAGGUGAAGCAAGGCAUCACAAACCUAAAGCAAAACCAAGACUUAGUAAGCGUUUAUUUUUCUAAACUUAAAACCUUGCUUGAUGAACUACUCAAUUAUGAAUCAAUCCCUAACUGUACCAUUGGAGGGUUAAAAGUUGUAGUUCAGAACCAGCAAAGGGAUUGUGUGAUGAAAUUCUUAAUGGGGCUCAAUGAUACGUAUAAAGCUAUUAAAGCACAAAUACUGCUGAUCAAACCUUUUUCCAGCUUGAAUGAGGUUUACUCCAUUAUCCAGCAAGAGGAAAAGCGAAGAGAAAUUUCUACAAACAACUUGGACAAUGACUCUAUGGCUUUGAUGAGCAAAGGGAAUUUUAGCAAAUAA